AUGAGUUAAUCCUAAAAUGCACAAAUAUCUUCAUCUCCAAAGAAAAAGCAGCAUUAAUAUUUUCCUGCCAUAAGUGUAAAAACUGCAGAAUCUCCUUAAAAAGGAUCAGUUAUACAAUCAAAUUAUCUUUUUUCAUAGCACCUUCAAAAUAAAAUCAAUAACAGAAAAGUGAGAAGAAACAUGGAAAGCUAGUUAGAAAAGUCAUACACAAUAAGAAAAUAUCUUCAAGUGAAUUCUUCAGCGUAGAAUGAUUCAAAUAUGUCCUAAUCAAAAAUUUUACAGAAUAUUUCUGCAACUCAUUAUAAAGAAACAAGUAUGGAAACUAAAUAAUCUUUUUCCCCUUUGAGGUAACUAAAUAAAUUUGAAGGGACUUUGCAUAUAAAAAGUAUAAUAAUUCCUCCAUAACUAAUUAGAAAUUUUAGAUAUUAAUUUUACGUAACCAGACAUUAGUAAGAAAUAAUAAUCAUAGAGUUCUAUUCAUAAUUAAUGUAUUCUAGAAUUAGACUAAGAAAAUGAUGAUGGAGAUAAAAAUAAAACUUUAGGAGUUUAAGAAUAAUUAAUAAUGUCUCCAAUUUAAUAAACUAACUUUAAAGAAACUUCAAAUAAAACGGAAUCUAAGUCUAAGUCUUAAAGUAAGCAGAAUGUAAAUACUUAAUAUAAUUUAAGAUUGUUUUAAAAAUAAAUCAAUAAAAUAAAGAAUAUAAAAAGUAUGCUUCUCAAAUGAUUCGAUUGAUAAGGAGCACUUAAUAGGCUUUAUUGAAAGAGUUCGAUUAAGAACAAUUAGAAUUGGUUUCUGAUUCCAAAUUGAAAAAAAUUCAAAGAUAAAGGGAAAGAAAAUAGGCUUUGUAGACUGCAUAAGAAGGAAACAAGAAUAGGCAAUUAAAAUCUAUGUUGAUUGCAUUAAAAGGAUAAUAAGAUAAAGUUAUAUCAGAAUGUCCGUUAUUUUAAAAUUUAGGAAAGAUAAACUUAUAGAAUAGUAAAACAGCAAUAUAAAGUAGAAAAUCAUCACAUUAAAAAAUUUAUUAGUAAUUACCUUUAGAUAAAUAAUUUAAUGAUAUAAACUUUCAUAAAUAUUCAACAAAGUCAGAGAUGUGCAGCUUAGAAACAUCUUUAGAAUUACCAUUGUAAAUAUAAAAGUUAUUUUGA